GGCUAACGUCGGCGCCACUGGUGUUUUAGCUUCCAGUCCUCUUCCUCUCCGUCAGCUAACGUUUGCUACUGUUCGUGUGGCACUUCCUCUGUUGUGUGAGAGCUGUCGAUAACCAACGGGGAUUUUGGACUGCUGCUGCAGGGGGCAGGUGGCACCAGCCUUCACACACUCCCUGUAGUCUCUGCUGAACUAAGAGACUGACCGAUCGUUUGGUCGAUCGGCUGACUGACACAAGCGGGAAAUGGACUGAUCAUCAAGAUCCCCUUCACCCCUCACCUGCUUCUUUGUUUGCUCCUGUUGGCUCCCUGAAGGCCCUCAGGCAGCAGGCAUGAUGGCAGCCGGCGGGCGGACCAUGAGUCACCCUUGGUGGCGCCUCCUUUCACCAUUCCGCAACCGGCAGGAGAGGGUAGUGCUGGCUCGCAGUGAGAGCCUGCCAGGGGAACAUGUACUGAAGAUCACCGUCACUGAGACCACAGUGAUCGAGGCCGAGUCGGGGGUGUGGAACACGCGCUCCCUUGUCUACCUGGGCCUCUGGUACUUCUUCAGCUUCUGCACCCUGUUCCUCAACAAGUACAUCCUGUCACUGCUGGAGGGGGAGCCCAGUAUGCUGGGUGCUGUCCAAAUGCUCUCCACCACCGUCAUAGGUUGUGUCAAAAUGUUUGUUCCCUGCUGCUUGUACCAACACAAAUCCAGGGCAGAGUAUCCCGCCAACUUCAUCAUGAUCAUGCUGUUUGUUGGACUCAUGAGGUUCACCACAGUGGUCCUUGGCUUGGUUAGCCUGAAGAACGUGGCAGUGUCCUUUGCUGAGACAGUGAAGAGCUCAGCGCCCAUCUUUACUGUCAUCAUGUCCAGGCUGAUCCUGGGGGAAUAUACAGGACUUUGGGUGAACCUUUCCCUGUUCCCUGUCAUGGCCGGCCUGGCCCUCUGCACAGCAACAGAGAUCAGUUUUAACAUGCUUGGCUUCUCCGCUGCCCUUUCCACCAACAUCAUGGACUGUUUACAGAAUGUAUUCUCCAAAAAACUACUGAGUGGAGACACAUACAAAUUCAGCCCUCCAGAGCUACAGUUCUACACAAGUACUGCAGCAGUCAUUAUGCUUAUCCCUGCCUGGGUGUUCCUCAUGGACAUUCCUGUGAUUGGCAAGAGUGGGCGGAGCUUCAUCUUCAGCCAAGACAUCAUCCUGUUGCUGCUCUUCGAUGGUGCUCUCUUCCACCUGCAGAGUGUCACUGCCUACGCUCUCAUGGGACGAAUUUCCCCGGUUACUUUCAGUGUCGCCAGCACUGUCAAGCAUGCCCUGUCGGUGUGGCUGAGCAUCAUCGUGUUCAGUAACCAUAUCACGAUUCUCAGUGCCACUGGCACCGUCCUUGUGUUCAUUGGCGUCUUUUUGUACAACAAGGCCAGGCAGAUCCAGAGAGAAACCUUACAGGCCAUGGCUGCCGAACAGGACCACAAACCACUACUUCAGGACCACGACCUCCAAGCCUCUCAGUCUUGAUGAGGACUCAAUAUGGAAAUGCUGCCUUAAAAGCGGGACAGUGUUGAUCUCUUGGUUUAACUGUGGCCAUCUAGAUGGGACAUUUAGAUCCCCCUCUCCAGUGCUUCCAAGCUGUUGAAGACGACCCACUCAACAAUUUUCCUCCCUCUGACUUCCCCUGUAAUGUUACAACCACUGUUUUCUCCUAGGUUCUAUUUGGUGUUAUUGUGUGCUUUGUUGGACUUUUAGGCCCUAAAGUGAACUUGCCUUUGCUGACUGGCAUACCAAAGGACCAGUUUCUGUUGGACCAAGCACAGUCCUGUGGAUUAUUAUUAGAUAUUUUGUCAUCCCAUAUGUCAUUUGAAAAUUACUUUUAGUCCAUUUUCCUGCCUAGCUUUUUUUUCUUUUUUGUCUUUUUUCCUUGUUUUUAUUCAGAGUAAACUCAGGGGUUCUUUCUUGGUUUUGAAAGGAAGUGAUAGCAGGUUUUUUUCUCCCAUCUGCAUUUCACACUAGUUGUUUUUCUUUCAUCUGUGGCGCAGCAGCUAGUGAAUGAAUGUGAUGGUGUCUAUCUGUAAAACACUGAAGCCGUAAGAUUAGUUUUCAUGGUGGUACUAAUUUAACCCAUACUGUGAGUCAGUGCACAUUUUGUCACAGUAAUGGAUGUGAGGAGGGAGGAUUUUUGGAAGCUUAUCGAGCCAAAGCUUAGACUGACCUUUUGAGACGCACAUUUUUAAAAUAAUGUGUGAAAUAUUUGACUGUCACAUACUGCAUUCUGGGAAUGCGCAUGCUGUAUCAUAAUUUUUUGCUUCUUGUAUUUCGUGGUUUAUCCACCUUCUGUUUUCCAUUUGUCUUUGUUGCUUUAAAGCGUAAUUUUCAUGUUCAGAAUGGCUCAUAACACAAACUGCUGUUCACAGCACAUUACUUCCUAAACAAACCUUGAUAUCAGACGGCACAUUCAUCCAAACAUGCAUUCCUUCAAUCUUUAGAUUGUAUUUGGUCUUGUAAUACUUAUGCCAUUUGAGCCACUUUCCAUUUGCCAUUUCAAUCAGAAAACAUGUGUGGCUGUUUAUCAGUGUGAAAACUCUAGAUGAUAACGGUUGCCAAUGUCUCCCUACUUCAUAAGACCUAAUAUUGCUUCUGUGGUGAAUAUGCAUCUCUUCAUAUUGAUGCCAUGUUGCCAUAGAAAAGACUUAGUGCCACACUGACUGUUGUGCUAAUUGGGCCCCACUUAUGGUGCACGUAGUCAAACGUACCUCUGUUUGACAUGACGAGCUGAACUUAAUAUUAAAAUCGUUGGAUUACAUUCCUGAAGUCUUUCACGCCUACUUUUGAUGCCAUUUUCUGAGGUUGCCUUUUUUGACUGAUCAGGCUGAAUUUUGUCAGUGCGAGGCUGUUAUGUGGAUUUUAUUUGAAAUAUAUUGUUGCCAAAACUGCCAGUUAUUGCCAGAAAAAAAUGAGUUUCUGCCUAAUGAAAGUCCUGCUGGAUGGUUAUUCCAUCUUAUUAUUGGAACAUGUAUCUCUUUUAAUUUGCUCAAUCACAAUAACCUAAAAAACAAAACAAAAACAAAACUGUGGACUAUGAUUUAAUAUUGAUGUGCUGUGUGUAUACCUCUUCAUUGUAUAUUUCCCAAAUUAAAAAAUGAAUGGUAUCUUGUUUCUUUUAUUGUUCAAAAUAAC